CCGCGGACCUGACGUACGCGGGGGUCGUCGUAAGCUAGACGCCAUUCCGACACACAGGACAGGAGGAGUAAUUCUCGGUCUUUCCGACUCAGCGAGACAUAUCCCAUUCGGCGCUUCGAACAGCAGGGCGGCGAAUUGGGAACUGGAACGGUUGGCAGUCUGGGCGGCCCCAGACCGCGCGAUGGACAGCUCGCCGAGUCAGGAAGCCCGGUCGGAUUCCGUCCUGCUAGCUUGCAAUCAGGUUCUUCAUACUCGCAGACCGACCACCGCUCUGCCGGCACACACGAAUCCGAGAGCUAUAUGUACAGAGCCCCGCACAGGCCCCGGAUCUCUCAACCGGUUUCGGUCAGACUCACUCACACUCGCAGUCCCAAUCCCCCUCGACCCUCACACCACUCUCACACCACGCUCUAAUCACCCACAAUGCCCAACACAGGCCUCGCCCCCGCCCGCCCGCACGCGAACUCCGUGCAAUCGCGGACGCAGGACCCACAGCGGACACUGCACGUCGGCGACCGCGUCUGGUUCUGGGACGGCUGCGGCAACAUGAACCAGGGCGUCGUCGAGUCGGUGCAGAGCGCAACGGACAACAGCGCGGACAUGUGCGGCGUGCGCAUCGGCCGCCAGGAUAAGCUCUUUCUUCCGUCCGCGGUUCUGAGUAAGCUGCAACCGGGCCAGAAGGCAAGAUGAGGGAGGCAGGAACGGGGAUGAGGGCGCGGGACAGGGGCCAGGGCAGCUAAGAACGCGGGCCGAUGUUGCUGAGCCACGAAGCAUUGCACGGACCGCAUGAUACUGCGACGAUGACUUGCUGUACAAGCUAUGACUGUAUGAUGAGAAGCAACAAAUCGGAAUCGCGAACGUGUAUUAUGAUCCGAUCAUUCAGACCUAGAGUAGUUGCCGCUCCGUGCCGUGCCGGUGGACAAUCAAGACACGUCCUGGAAAUAUAGCAUCCCUGACUAACAGGGCGGCCUGGGGAGUGGCUCAUAGAAAUUAAUGUACCGCGG